GAACGAUCAUUGCAGACAUCAAGCGCACUCACACGCGCGCGCACACACGCAUACACCACGCAUAUAUACACAACAACCGUUGUUGCAUCUGGCAACACUCGAUCUGGUUACGGCCCGUUGCCUGGAGUUGCUGCCUUUUUUGUUUGUCUGGACCAGUUUGCCCGAGUCGAGCUCGUGCAUUGUUUCGCGGUGCACAGUUGUGGAUUUUCGGCAUUUCCCUUUUUCUUUUUUUCUUUUUCAUAAACUUUUUCAACUUCGGCUCUUUAGUAGGGGGGCUCUCCAUCCUACAUAAAGAUUUCCCUCUCGUCUGGUCUGCCGGCGUCGUCCACUCGUCCAUUUCCACUUCCACACUUGCUGGGAAGCUGCAGCGGCCCUCUUCCGCGUCAUUGGAAAAUCACGCCCCUCUCCACUCUACGAGAAAUCUGCAAUCGAGUUCCGCCCAUCCGCAUCCGCCAGGCCUGAGUGGCAUUGCACCAGCACAGAAAAAAACCUGGCUUCAGCUGCUCGCCAGUUUGUCCUGUCUCCCUAUAACCUCCGGUGCCUCCCCGUCUGUCUCCCUGACACCUGCACCGUCUGCACGCCCAGCGCUUGUUUCGCAGAACGCGGCGCUUCCUGGUCCGAUCAACAUCAGUCUAACCCCAACUCCCAACCGCCUGGCCUUAAAUCCAGUAUCGUCCAGUCUCGGUCCAGUCCGUGUCCGUGUCUUUUCGUCCGAAGCUACCACCCCCUUCGGCCCUCUUUUCUCGACCACCCUCCCCGGAGUCAGUCAGGUCAACAACAACCACAACCUUUGGAGAUUUUCUAAAGUCCGGGCUUGGUUUUGCUGGUCUGUGCUGGUCUCUCUCCCGCACCAGUUGUUUCGGCCGCCUCCUCACAACAACUUUGCUUGGAGGAACCCCAAGAAAAACAAAAAGGAGAAAGAAAAAGAUGAAUCCACAGCCAGACAUCUCGGGCUACUUUCCCUCCGCCUACCCCAUGAACAACGCGAACCGCUCCCCCGGCUCUUCGCGGCCGGGCUACAACACCGCCGUCGGCCUUACGGGCGUAAGUCGCAUGACACAGCGGCAGAUGGAGGCCAUCGGCCAGCCUUCUGCUGCCCUCUUCGCCGCCGCCGCCGCCGACGAUCGCUUCGCUUCCUACGACAACGCCGCCUUCCGACACAACAGGCUACAACCUGCUGCUGCCUUCGCGACCGACAGCUUCAAUGGAAACAACCAGGCUUGGGCUUAUAACGCCGGCGCAAACACUGUGAAUGGCGCUUUGGGCGACAAUAGGGUGCGCAAUGGCGGUCGUCGGGCUCUCCCCACGGAAUGGAUGUCCGAACAAAAUGGCCUUGGAAGCCAUGCUCUCAACACCCCUUCGACACAAUACUCUUCCACUUUUGGCCAGUCCGUGGGUCUUCUGAACGGCGAUGGCAACUUCGCAGGCGACCGCCAUGGCUAUCCCGGCAGCAUGUACGACCCUCGCCAUGAUUCCAAGACCCUCGGCAGCGACCUCAUCCCUACCGCCAUUGUCAUCAAGAACAUUCCUUUCAACGUGAGGAAGGAGAUGCUUACCCAAAUCAUGACCGACCUUGGCCUUCCCCAGCCUUAUGCCUUCAACUACCACUUUGAUAACGGCAUUUUCCGUGGUCUUGCCUUUGCCAACUUUCAAAGCCCCCUGGAUACCCAGACCGUCAUCGAGCAGCUCAAUGGUUACGAGGUUCAAGGUAGAAAGUUGAGGGUGGAGUACAAAAAGAUGCUCCCUGAGCACGAGAGAGAGCGCAUCGAGCGCGAGAAGAGGGAGAAGCGCGGCCAGCUGGAGGAGCAACACCAGCCCAUUGCCCUGCACUCCCAGUCUUCCAUGCACUCCUUGAAUGCCGCUCACACUAGCAGGUCUCGCAACUCGCCGUUGCGUAAGUCGUCUCGCCGCGAUCUUUUGCCGCCAAACUCUAACCAGGAUGAUGUUACAGGAGAUGUUGACCUCAACAACCCCGAAACUCUCAAGUUUUAUACCGAGUUGACUCUCUUCCGAAAUGAUCCCAACCGUGAGAUCAUCAUCUUCCCUGCCAGCAUUACCCCCCAGCAGCGUCGUACCGUUCACAUUUUGGCUCACAACAUGGGUCUUGAGCAUCGUUCAGUUGGCGAAGGUCCUACCCGCCAGUUGCACGUCAUCAAGGACACGGCCACUGCCACCUUGGCGAGCAUGGCGCCUCCUAUGCACAUCUCCCCUGGUGUGUCGGCUGAUGCUCACCGUCGUGGUCUUAGCCGUGCCGCCACCAUUGACUUUGCCGAGUCCCGUGCCAAUGCUCCCGGUCAGUUUGCUACCUUGGGUAGACAGGGCAGACACGGCCCGACUCUGGAGCUUCCUGACAGCCCCGAUGGCGGCAUCAACGCGUUACGCGGUGUCAAGUCCUUCGCGGACCUGCGAUCAUAUACACCCAGCCCUUCGCUCUCAGCUUCUGGUUUCCCACAGAGCAGCCUUCACAGCUCCAGCAUUGCUCAGUAUGGCGAGUAUAGCGCCAGCCUCGGUGGACCUAACAGCGUAAUGACCACGCCAACCACACCUGGAGCAGCUUCCAACAAGGACACCUCAUUAUUGAUUUCGGAUCUUGGUUCCCUGUCGCUGAGCGAGCCCUUCAACGCCAACCGCCUCAGGCCCAGAGAGACUCCUGGCGCAAUUGGGAGCCAACGCUCUCCUUUGAAUGGAAACAGCACUCGCAGCGUUCCGGAGCGUCAACCUCAUGGACCGAGCAGUGGUGACUGGGGUGAGAGCAUCGGCUUUGCCGGACGGGGACGCACCAAUGGUCACAUGCAGCGUGACAGUGAUUCGUCCGACAAUGGUACGCGCGGAGCGGCAACGUCCGCCUCUUCAAGAUUCCAGUAGGAUUGGAAUCUAGAAACAAGCUCUCCGCCGCCUUGGCAAUGCUUACGGAAGACCAUUUUGUGAUGUCUGAUUUAUGGCCUCUUUUACGGAGCUGCCACUUUUCUAACCUUUGGGCCCAUGCAUUGUCUCACCAUGCAGCGGUAGUUGGAUGUCGUCGAUCUGCUGAGACGAGGCCUCUCCAAUCUGGGCCGCUAAAGCUCCGCCCACCGCCUCGUUUACUAACAAAUCAUCAAUUGAUGGAUCUUGAUGUGGCAGUUGUGUUGGGAUAUCGGCAUCCUCUAAUCUUUUGGUCCAUCUCGUACUAUUUGCAUCGGCAUGAUUCAACGUCUCCCAGGCCUCAGAUCCCAAAGUUCAAGCCUCAACAUCAGUUCCAAAUGCGUCUACGGCGGCCGUCUCGUCGUCCUCCUCAGCGUCACACGCUUACUUUUGAAAAGUGUUGGUCCUGGGUACUCGACACGAUUUCAACUAUGAGUCUUUUGAUUGCAAGCUGAGAUGACGGACAACAACUUCUUGAUCGGUGUUUCAAAUGCCUUUCUGGAGAAAGCGCGGCAUUCCUGAUUUGCCUUAUCGACAACAUGGGCGCUCCGCCUCCCUUUUAUCACCAAUCUUUAAAGCGACUUGUAAUAUCUUUGCAUCUGGCCACCAUCUAGCGUAUCGGAAGGGCUUUUUUGAGAUUUUGGCUUUCUUUGCAAGCGCCUGUUGCGCUGCUGGUCUCGGAUAGCAUGUGGUGGACUUUCCAAAUGCUCAAAAGACCAUGGUUUUGGUUUUUGACGCCUCGCAUUGGCUUUGGUUCAGAGGAUUCGGGCGACAAUUCCUCGGUUCAUGAGCCUGCAUAUACCCGAAAUGAUGACGAUGAUUGGAUACCACAAAAAAAGAGAAGACACGGAAGAGAUGAGAGAUUUUGGGAUACAAG